CAUCCACCUGUCUAACACAUCAUAAGAAACGGGUUUAUGUACAGAAUAAUACGAAAUCCUCUGAGACCAAGUUGCGUGGGAGGGAGAUGACAAAACCUGUAAGGCAGGCCUGUUACGUGACGAUUAACGUAAAAGAAGUCUCUGGUCGGGAAUUCACGAAGGCUUCAAGAGGAAACAACUGAAAAACAUUCUCAUGACUUGUGUACGGUGGAUAUUUAUGUGAUAGAGAGCACCGAGUCUAAAGACACAGAAUGAGUCAAUGGAAACAAAUUCAACAGCUCGAGUUCAAAUACCUGGAGCAGGUGGAUUACCUUUAUGAUGACAACUUCCCUAUGGGGAUUCGGCAGGUGCUUUCUGACUGGAUUGAAAGCCAGGACUGGGAUAUGGCCGCACACCAUGAGUCCAUGGCGACAGUUCUCCUCAGCAAUCUCCUGUCUCAGUUGGACAGGCAGUGUUCUCAGGAACAGAACUUCCUACAAAGACACAACCUGAAGAACAUCAACAAGCAGUUACAGAUCCAAUACAAAGCCUACCCUCUGCUCAUGGCCGGGGUCAUCUCCACUAGCCUCAGAGAGGAGCGUCGUAUCAUCGCCUCAGCCAACUUACCGGAACCGGGCCCAUUGGAGAAGUCUGUACAGAAUUCUGUGGCCUUCGAGAGACAGAAGAACAUGGACAACAGGGUGGUCAUGAUCAGGAGUAGUGUGCAGAUGCUGGACCUGGCAGUGAAAUGUCUAGAGGACAUGCAAGAUGACUUUGACUUACGCUUCAAAACUACCCAGUCUCGAGAUCCGGCGGACAGGAACACAGAGGGGAUGGAACAGGAAGUGACCCGACUGCAGGAGAUUCUCAACAACCUGGACUUUAAGAGGAAGGAGAUCCUGUCUAAAAUGAGUGACGUGAUAAAAGAGAUUGACGCUCUGAUAGCCUCCCAGCUGAACCCAGAGCUGAUGGAGUGGAAACGCAGGCAGCAGAUCAACUGUAUAGGUGGCCCACUGCUCACUGGACUGGAUCAGCUCCAGAACUGGUUUACUCUGGCGGCCCAGAGUCUGUUCCAGAUGAAACGUCAGCUGGACAAACUGGGAGAACUUAUCCUGAAGGUGACCUAUGCGAGCGACCCCAUCUCCUUGCAGAGACCGCAGCUGGAGGAGCAGGUCAAAUACCUCAUCGACCACCUCAUCAAAAGCUCAUUUGUGGUGGAGAAGCAGCCAUGGAUGCCAACCCACCCCCAGAAACCUCUCAUCAUCAAGACCGGGGUGCAGUUCACCACCAAAGUCAGAUUGCUGGUCAAACUCCCAGAGGUGGAUUAUCAACUGAAAGUGAAGACUAUAUUUGACAAGUACCUCCCCCCUGGCAGAGUACAUUGUCAGUUCUUCAUCCUGACUUCCACCACCAAAGUAAUGGACGUGGAGGAAUCGUCUAAUGGCUGUCUAUCUGUAGAGUUCAGACACUUGCAGCUGAAAGAGAAGAAAUAUGUUAACGGUACAAAGGUGAACGAGGGUCCUCUCUCUGUGACGGAGGAGCUCCACUCCCUCAGCUUCGAGGCCCAGUUCAACAUACAGGGCAUUCACAUCGACCUGGAGACCUGCUCUUUUCCUCUGGUGGUCAUCUCUAGUGUUAGCCAGCUGACUGGAGGCUGGGCCUCCAUCAUGUGGUACAACAUGCUGACUGACGAGCCCAGGAACCCGGACUUCUUUGCCAGUCCUCCGCGGGCCAGUUGGGGCCAGCUCUCUGAAGUGCUGAGUUGGCAGUUCUCGACUUUCACUGGGCGGGGCCUCAACAGGGAGCAGCUGUGCAUGCUGGGAGAGAAACUCAUGGGUCAGCAAGCCUCUCACAAUGAAUGUCAGGUAUCCUGGUCCAAAUUCUGCAAGGAGAAUAUUCCUGGGAAGCCUUUCAGUUUUUGGAUGUGGCUGGAUUUCAUCCUGGAGCUCAUCAAGAAGCACCUGCUUCCCAUCUGGAACGACAACUGCAUCAUGGGCUUUGUCAGUAAGGAGACAGAGAGGGCCUGUUUGAAGGACAAGGAGCCUGGGACAUUCCUGCUGCGCUUCAGUGAGAGCCACCUGGGUGGGAUCACUUUCACCUGGGUGAAGCAGUCCGACAGUGGAGAGGCUAAAUUAAUCUCAGUGGAGCCGUACACCAAAUCACGCCUCAGCGCUCUCCCGUUCGCCAACAUCAUCCGGGACUACAAGGUCAUCGCAGACGGAGAGGUCCCUGAGAACCCGCUCAAGUUCCUCUACCCCGGCAUCCCCAAAGACGAGUCCUUCAGACGACAUUACAACAGUCAGCAGAGCAAAGUCUUUCCAUAUAUAUCAUCUACAUGGAUCCCCAUCUCCACUUUGCAAUGAGUUCUCCGUACUCCGAAUAACACAAGAUGACCUGCAGAGUAUGCCAAGUUUACGACUCGUGUUCCACUGAGGGUCACUGGAUGUGGCAUUUUCUCUUACAUCUGAUCACAAUAUAUUGCUCUUCUAUCCAACUGCUAGUAUUGUCUUUGAGCCCAUUGUCAUGAAUACAAACGUAUAAUGUUGGCAGUGUAAAGUAGAUAUUACAUGCAGUGGUAUAUCACUUCUCAUAAAAGAUAUGUAUUUAAUUGUGUGUAUUCUGAAAUGUCUUGUAUUAUGUGGCACUAAUGUUAGCCUAUUGUUGGACUGUGUCUUAAACUUCUCUAUCACUAACCAAGGUUUGGACAAAGAAUAAAUGUUUAUUAUCCCAUUCUUUUUCAUUAGUUUAGCUACCAAUUUGAUAUUUUUGCACUAAGAGCCCAAGGCCUCUCGAGUAGAAAAAGGGUUAACUACAUAUGAUUUCCCCUAUUGUCUUUACUACUGAGUAGAAUAUAACCUAUAGAUAGCCAUGAUCAACAGUCAGAGGAUGGAUAAAAUAUUGUACUGGACAAAGCAAUAUUUUUUUCAUCAGCUUUUCUCUCCUUGAAUAUGUGGAAUAGUAAUUUGUUUUUAUUAAUUGACUAAUGACUGCUUAUCAGAUUGUAACCCAGGAUUCGAUUACUAAUUUUGCUGUCUAAAAUUUAACACGUAAACAAAUUUCCAAGUAAGAUUUUUGUUUUUUUGUCAUGCUCUUCAGAAGCGCAACGUUUCCUCACAUGUUGAAAUAUUUCGUGAAUGAUUCAAAUGCAGAUGUGCCGAUUCAUAUGUCAAUACCCGAUUCUCAUUUUCUCUUGCCAUUUUUUUGAUCUGCUACAUUGUUGGCAUCAUGUGGCUACUGUACCUCCCUUCUAUUGUAGUAAAAUGGGAAAGCACCUUGGGCUGUCCAUUUAGGUUACGGUUUUGCCUUGAAGGAAGAGGUUGCUUCCUUAUUUCACUGAUCAGCGGCGCUACAGUAGUUUCUGUCAAGUGUAAACACUAAUUUACAGGCUUUAUUCGCAAGAUAGUGUAGCAUGAUGCGUUGUAGGCCUACUUUGGGUUUACGGCUUCUUCCAAUGGUUUGUGGCACAGGUGGUUUAUACACCGCAAAAAAAUCUAAACUACCCUUCAUCUGUAUGAGAACCCGGGGGAUUAUCAUGAAUUACACACGACGAAGGCUGUUCUCAAACGCCUGGAGUAAACGGUUGCCAACAUACAGUACAUACAUUUUUUUGACCUUGACAAUCAAACCCUUUUUUUUCUAUUUAGCCAGAGUCCGAUGAAUUCAUGGGUACCUUUUGUAUGUCUGCGUGCAAUGUUGAAGGUCGUUUAUCAAGCCAAUGCUAACUAGCGUUAGCCCAAUGAUUGAAAGUAUACAGAAGCAGCUAGCGUGCUAGAGUGAAUAGUUUGGGCAAAAGCCAGUAGUUCAGAGAUUCUGAAGUUGCUAGCCAAGCGGACUGGUGGUCCAUUUUAAGCAACAACAAAAAAAGGUUGAUAUGCAGGCUGGCCAACUAAAGCUAACACACAAUCACAUCAAGCAGCUGUGCAUUUUAAUUUGUUUGACCUUUUUUUUCUAUUUCCAUUUCUUUGGAUUUAUCUCCAUAAUAAUGAUGAUUUCGCCUGGCUCAGAGAAGCUGUCAGUCUUGUCUGGACACAUUAAUACAACUGGUGAGUCUAUUCCUGGAUACUAUUAGGUUAAAACCACAUUCCAACAAUGUAUCUAUUUCACAACCCACUACUUUUGUGAAAUAACAUAACUCAUUUCUGCAUAGGUCGGAGAGGCAGGCUUGCAAGGUUCAGAGUUGGAGGACUCAUUGUGGAUAUGACCCAAUUUAGCAUGGACAUUGCCAUUGAGGGCUUCCACCAUUUUAAAGUAGUCAACUGAGUUUCUUAUGGGUUGGGAGCGAUCAGCCAAUGAUCAGAGCAUUGUCUUCCAAGUUGGGUUAACUAUGAUUUUUAAAUGUCUUUAAAAUACUGUAUAUCACCACAUUCUAGUGGCCACAAGUCAAUGACACAAUUUGGUUCAGGACUCCAGCACUGCAAGUGGCAGUAAAUCACCAAUAUUAGCUGUAUGCUUUUUUCAAACACAAAAUAAGAAAAUGUAAUACUUCAAAAUGGAGAUGGCCUCAAUGACACUGCGUGCUGUCACAGAUGCCAUAGUACAUUGUUCAUUCAAAUGGAAUUGUUAUUGUGAAUAACUUGCGGCUAUCAACCAACCAGCAUCCAAGAUCCAAAUGUACAGUUUUAUAAUGACUGUAGCCUAUAAUGGGACAAAGGACAUUCUGAUAUUGUAAUUGAUUGACUGUCUGUCUGCAUUGUACCGUAAUCUUGGCAUUAAUGUUUUUUAAUCAUUAUCUCUCUUGUAGGCCUAUGUUCGAUCUUGUAGGCCUCGUCCUAAUAUUUUAAAUAUUUCUUAACUCCA